UACACCACCGACAGCAAUACAAAUAAAAAUAUAAACAAUGUCUUCAACAAACAUGGAAAAUUCUCGCGAUCAACCUGCUCACGACUUUCCGUUACAUCUAGGGGUAUUUAAUGGAGACACACAGCUCGUCGCUCAGCUUGUCAGAGUUCACGAUUUGUCGCAGAAGGAUGUACAUGGCAACACUCCUCUACAUUUGGCAGUGAUGCUUGGACACAAAGAAAUCAUCAGGUUGCUGUUGGCCCAUGGAGCACUAGUCCGAGUGAAGAACAACGCUGGUUGGACGCCUCUCUCUGAAGCCUUGAGCUUCGGUGACCGUAAAAUCAUAUGUUCGCUACUAAAGUCGUUGAAGCAGCAGUCCCGGGAGUUGUUAGACCAGAGGAGGCCCGCCCUUAUACAAGCCCUGGAGGAUAUAGGGGACUUCUACCUGGAGUUAAAAUGGGACUUUCACAGCUGGGUGCCUUUAAUUUCACGAAUAUUGCCUUCUGAUCUAUGCAAAAUACACAAAAAAGGUUCAUGUAUACGACUGGACACAACCCUGGUAGAUUUCAACGACAUGCGCUGGGAGCGAGGUGACAUAACGUUUGUAUUCAAUGGCAAGGCCUUGCCACAAAAUGCUCUCAUUGUGAUGGACAACAAACUGAAGGUGUUCCAGCGUAUACGAAACGAGGAAACUGAACAUGAAAUUCAGGAAGAGGUUGACAUUCUCAUGCGUAGUGACAUCAUGGCCGCACAGAUGUCGACCAAAAACAUCACAUUUUCACGCGCACAAAGUGGCUGGCUGUUCAGAGAGGAUAAAACAGAGAAUAUAGGUGAAUAUGAGGCAGAUUUCUACAAUGUGCAUGGACUUACACUCGAAUCAAAAAAAAGGCGCGAGCAUUUAUCAACAGAAGACAUACAGAAGAACAAGGCCAUGUUGGAAAAUCUCACAAAAAUGGCCUUUGAUAACAAAGAGUUUGAGCGACGCCUGUCCUUACCCCCUCCAGAGAAGCCAGAUGCAACCUGGGAGGACUAUAUUACCGCUGCAGUCGGGCAUCCUCCAUGUCUAGGAAGGCAGCCAUUGAGCAAGGAAAGCCAGAAGGCCUUUAAAGCCACUAUUGCUAUGAGCCAAGAUUUCCCCAUGACUGUUGAUGUAUUAUUGGAUGUCUGUGAAGUGAUAGCGCCCUUUAAGCAGUUCCAAAAGCUCCGAGACUUUAUGUCUGACAAGCUGCCACCGGGAUUCCCAGUGAAACUAGAGCUGCCCAUUUUCCCGACUGUCACGGCAAAAGUGACGUUCUGUUUGCUGGAGUGGCGUGAAAACAUUGCAGAGUCCAUGUUUAAAAUACCGAGGGGCUUCCGAGAGGAUCCCAACCGGUUCCCAGACUUAUGACUACUGCAGGACAUCUCUCCAGUAGAAGUAAUCUGCUCUUUCAGGGAAAUAACGGUACCGAACACUGAUGUCACCUUGGCACGAAAUGAUGUCAAGGUUUCAUCUUUUGCGGUCUGUGAAAGACAAAAGUUGCAAAGUGAUAAUCAAAAUGCAGCUGAUGCCAGUGUUUACUGGAAGUCGUGGACCUUUUUGAAGUCUUACAGUGAGGAUGACAAAAAGCCAAAAAUGCCGACUGAAAUCUACGAAUUUGUUGAAUCAACUCAGAAAGAUGGACCAAGUGAUAGAAGUCUUGAUGCAAGGAAUAAUGGCAAAGAAUUGCAGCUUAGUGUUGGAACAAAUAUUCAAUCGGAAGUCAAAGACAGUGUUCACCUUGCAGUUAACAACUCUUGUGUACAUGAGAAUGCCAGAGGAAAGGAAGGGGACCAUUCAGGAAGUAUUUCCGAUAACAAGGACCAAAAAGGCUACAAGAAUAUUGUCACCAGUGAUGAUCAAAAGGAAGAAAACGGUUCAAAUAUAAGAUUUAAAUAUUGCGAACGUGAGGUAUGUAAAGCAUUGAUAAGCUUGGAAUCUCACAGUGAUGACGCUUCACAAAUUUGUUUUGAAAAUAUUUUUUCGUCUUGUAAGAAUUUAGAGCCAGCAUGUCAUGUGACUGCCCUUGCAGUUGACCUGCCACUGACUAAUUUAGGGACAGCCAGCACUGAAAUGGUGCUUAUUUUCCACUAAUAUGGAAACAAUCAGCGUCAGAACAGCUAGGAGAUGCUGCUUUAAACUAUGAAACUAGUAUUGAAACAAUUAUAAAUCAUGGAAAUCAUUUUGUACAAUCUUACAAAAUGUUCAUUUGAUACUUCUAGUUAUAUAUAAAGUAUUUUAACUUAUUAUCACAUGUUAGAUAAAUAAUAACAGGAAGGCAUUAUGAAAUUUUUUGUGUUUUUAACUUUUUGUAUCUUAGAUUGGCAGUCAUCGACAAAAAGCAGCAUUGUGCAUCACAGGUGGUUAGCGUGUGGCUAUGAUAUUAAUUAGUGAAAACAUCAUUUUGAAUGAUAAAUAAUCAUAUUUUAACGAACAAUCAACUUUCCUGAAAAAAAAGGCACUAUCAAAUAUAUGUAUAUAACAAGGUAUCCAGGACCCCGUUUUGAGGGAUUCCACUGUAUAUAUUCCAAAUUGUGUAUUAUUUAUUCUAAAAUAAAUAAUGGUAGUUUUAAAACUAAAAUUACUGGUCCUUGCAGUAAAAAUACACUGGUUUAGAUACAAUUCAAUGAAAAGGGUAAACUGCUGUUGUAGGAUAGUGAUAUUUCUUACUGAUACUAUCAGUGAUAGGUUGAAUUAAUGUGUUUCACUUUCAUUCCAAUGCGCUGUUUUAUUGUGCAUUGAAGUAAAUCUUGUAUUUUUAGCUCGACUAUUAUAUAUGAAAUAUAUAUAGUGGAGCUAUCCUACUCACCCCGGCGUUAGCGUCUGCGUUAGCGUGCAAAUGUUAAAGUUUUCGUACUACCCCAUUUAUUUUCUUUGUCUCUUGACAUAUUGCUUUCAUAUUUUGCAUACUUGUUAACCAACAUGACCCCAACCUAUAAACAAGACCAGACAACUCUAUCAAGCAUUUUGUCAUAAUUAUUGCCCCUUUUAUACUUAGAAUAUGCAUAUUAUUGAUAAAUCUAUGUUAAAGUUUGCGUACUACCCCAAAUAUUUCCUAUAUCCUUUGACAUAUUGCUUUUAUAUGUUGCAUACUUGUUAACCAACAUGACCCCAACCUAUAAACAAGAGCAGACCACUGUAUCAAGCAUUUUGACAUAAUUAUGGCCCCUUUUACACUUAGAUUAUUGAACAUUUUGCUUGAAUUGCCAUAACUUCUUUAUUUAUGAUCACAUUUUAUUAUGACUUUGACAAAGUCACACUUACCUGAAUACCACAACGGAUUCCACCCAAACAAUACCCCACGCCCCUACCCAGAAUC